GGCGCGAACGAAUGGUUCCUGUGUUUUCUGCCUGUGUGUGGCCCGAUCUUUGCUCCACGAGUGUGUGUUUACACCGAAACUGUCGUUCGGUACUUUUUUUUCGGAUUUCGGAUGGAUUCACAACGGACGAGUUAACGAGAGUGGAAUCGUCUUCGAGUGGCCCGCUCAACAAGGUGAAAAAUCAGAGAAACGAUGUAAAGGAAGCAUACCAAUUAGCCGAACAAUGCAUCAUGGCCUCGUCCCUUGGAGGACCAGGAAUGGCGUCGGGUGUUCCGACACCACGAAGAGUCAACCUGGAGUUUCCACCACCUCCGCCUUACCCACCCCCUCACAAUCAGAUGGCUUGUUCGGGUUUGGUGGAUCCUGCGGCGGUGACAUCGCCUAUGUCGAGCACCGCUCACCAGCAUCCCCUUCAGGAUUAUUCGUACGCCUACUACGAACCUGGCCCGAGUCGCCUGCACGGCACGUAUCCGGCGGAAGUGGGUUUGAAUCGUGUGCAGCAGCAACAACAACAGCAACUACGACCAGAAUCGUUCAAGAGGCACACGUACAUGACCCGCUACGGGACGGAGGAGAACAUCUACGAAGAAAUAUCAGAAAUCAACAGACAAUGUCACCGAGCGUUGCACGGUUCAAGAAGAUCCCUGGUGGCGGAGGAGGUACGAAGAGUACAGUCACGUCAUCGUCGAGUGCUCGGGGAGCUGAAUUUGAGCGUGGAGGCGAUGCUGAUGCCGACCGUAGUCGAUAAUAACGACGAGGAUGAGCCGCAGGAUCAACGCGGAGCGUCCACGGAGGAACUAUUAUCUUCGGUCAGUCCAACCGACGACCUCCUCUCGCCUGUUGGCUGUGACAUGGACAGCGGCUUCAGUGGAAGCUCCAGUGCAAGUUACAGGUCGGGUCUCGGAUCCCUAAGGAGAGGAAUAGGAAAAACCAGCACUCCAGAAUUACCGGCGAACCAACGUAAAACUAAAGCCGCUAUGAUCUGGAAAAAGGGUUGGAAAGGCUGGAAGAAACUGCAUUCUUUCGGGAAUAAUAGCAACAAGACUGAUGAACCACGUUCAAGGUGCAGAUCAUGGGAUGACGUAGGUCCGACUAAAAUGGAAACUGUCGGGCAAACGCACAGACAGCAUCCUUCGUUGGAGGCAACCAGGUCCAACACUUCGACGCAAUCUGCUAGAAGCGAGGACUCUUGGUGCUCAGCGUCGGAUCAUGACCUCUCCUCGGACGAUGAAAGCGAGAAGAGUAAUAUCAGUAUUAAAAGUAAUUGCCAGUUGAGGAACACGUUACACAAGGCGAGAACGCUGUGUGACAAAUGGAGACCGCAGAAUAUGCGAGUGAACAAUGCUGACCCAUUGGAUUCGCCCGGGAACCAUGGAAGACUAUCCAGAUGGUUUAGCAUUCGGAGGGGGUCGACGCAACAGUAUGACGUUGACUCCUCCGACACUGUUUCCCUCACCAGUCCCAUUAAAACACCUCAAAUGCCGCAACUGUGCGAAGUGGAAGAAGAAAACAGCGCGAUGGUGCAGUUCCAGUGUAUGCAACAACGUAGACAAACGCCGCCUGCGCUUCCACCGACACCUCCGAAUUUAACUCCUCAACAGUUGAAGCGUCGACACAUAGUAGCCGCUAUAGUGCACUCCGAGAACAGUUACGUGUCUACAUUGCAGAGGCUAGUGAAUGAUUACAAGAAACCUUUGGAGGAAUCCUCACCGCCUAUAUUAAGUCAGGCGAAAAUAGCGACGUUGUUUCAUAGAUUGCCUGAGAUUCUGCAAUGCCAUACGUUGUUCAGAAUCGCGUUAGCGGAAUGCGUGCGUUCAUGGGACAAAGAUGAAAAGUUAGGAGACGUGUUUGUAGCCAGUUUCAGCAAAGCUAUCGUUCUUGACAUUUAUAGCGGGUUUAUAAAUAAUUUUUCAGUAGCUAUGGAUUUGGCUAAGCAGGAGUCUAAGAGAAAGACUGCCUUGGCUGAUUUUUUCAAGGUGAAACAAAUUAGCGCACAUGACAGACUAUCCUUUUUCGGAUUAAUGGUUAAACCAGUACAGAGGUUUCCACAAUUUAUACUAUUCUUACAAGACUUAUUGAAACAUACGCCCCAAGGACAUCACGAUAGAAUGUCGUUACAAUUAGCGUUGACCCAAUUAGAGAGCCUGGCUGAAAUGUUGAACGAAAGAAAACGAGAAGCGGAACAGUUCCAGGCGUUUAAAGAGAUGUUACGACACGUGUCUGGAAAAUUAUCUCAUCGUCCUCUUUCGUCGUCGUCCAGGUAUCUCAUAAGGGAAGAUAACGUCACGCAAUUGGAGUUUAAUCAAAAUGGAAUGAUAACGAAGUCCAAGAGGAGAAGGUUAUUGUUAUUGAAUGAUCUCGUAGUGUGCGUUUCCGUAACCCCACGGUCCACGGAAGACUUCAGUGGAAGCGAGAGACUAACCUUGAAGUGGACAUAUCCUGUAUCAGAUAUUGAGAUUCAGGAUACAAGUACUUCGCCAACAUUGAGUCGCUUACUGACUGCUGGUUUAAAUAAAGGUGGCAGUCUGAAGUCUGACAAAAGCGGAGAAUGUGGACAAGCGGGUGCGGAUAAUCUUUGUGUAGAAAUGAGCGAUUUAAUGCACGAUUACGAGGUGAUGUCUAGGAUAAGUGACUUAGUUGCACAACUAAAGGGCAAAUACGAGGGAAUGACAUUGGAAAAAACUAAGCAAAUCUUACAAUCCAUACAACUUUCGAUACAACAAAAAGAUGAGGAUAUGGUUUGGGCAGACAGUUGUUGUUUGCAGUUAGUAACGAAGCAAGGUCAAAUGUAUACGUUCCAAACAGAGAAUCCUUUAGUGAAAAAAGACUGGAUAACUGAACUUAGGUUAGCCCAACUAGCCUUGGAUCCGAACAAUUCUCCUUCUUGGGAAGUACCUGAACAAGAACAAAGACCAUCCACAAAAAUGCCACUCUUUGUUAGCUCGCAACAGGUGUAUCAUUCGCAACAUCAAACAGAAGUACGUUGCGGCUGCUACUACACAACACAAAAUUCUCGACCUACGAGGCGUCGCGGCAGAAGUCAAAGUUACUUGUGGAUAUGCACAGGGGAUGGCAUAUCCAGUCACAUAACAGUAUUCGGUCAAUCGACAACAGCUUCAGCAACUUCCUUGAAACAAAUUACCGCUUUCGACUUGGUAGAAACUAAAGUGGCCGCCAUAGAAUUUAUAAAAGGUGUAUCCUCUGACUCACUGUCAUUAGCAAACGACCUCGUCUGGAUGGGCACGGAUUCUCGCAAGAUCAUCAUCUACGCCGCUUCGGAACCCGAGAAGCAAGAACAACUCGGAAGCUACUCCGUAUCCGGUCCAGUAAUACAAAUCAAACAUCAUUGCGAUAACGUUUUCGUCGCUCUGGGAAUUGGUCUGCUUCUUUUAUUCAAGAGACAAGUAGACGGCACGUGGAACCUCAGAGACCCGUACGUGAUAUCUCUAGGUAGCGAGCCAGUGUCGUGCUUGAUGCCAAUUAAUACGUCGGUAUAUGCCGCCUGUGGUAAGAAAGUUUGGGUACUUCACGGAGUGAACGGCGACAUCACCAAAAGUUUCAGCGUACAGCACGAACACGUUGGUAGCGUAAAACUGAUGGCUCAUUCUGGAGUUGGUCUCUGGGUUGCUCUCAAGAACUCCAGCACCGUCUGUCUAUAUCACACGGAAACGUUCAAACACCUACAAGACAUUAACAUAGCGUCCAACGUACUGAGAGUAACGAGAUCGAAUAACGCUUCGAAUUCAUGCGGCGACAACUUAAAUAACAAUCAGACAGCCGUCACUGUGACAGCACUGUUGGCGUGUAAAGGCCUCCUUUGGGUCGGUACCAACGUAGGCAUAAGUUUGACGAUACCUCUGCCUAGAUUGGAAGGCGUACCUAUUAUCAGUGGCCGUGUAAAUAUCUCUUACCACGCGCAUUUUGGCCCCAUCACGUUUCUACUCGCUAUUCAGAAUCCGAAGAACACGACGAGCUGCUCGACUUCCGAAGAAAUCAACGACGAGGAGACUGUACAAUUGAGGACGAAAGAGACGGAGAACAGAACUAGGGAUCGUGCAAGCUUGGAUUCUUCGAUGUCGAAUAGUAUUAUAAAAUUGAAACAACAGUUAGCAGGCAGUCCAGUGAUGUUGAGAAGGAAACGAAGCAAGGAAUACGAAUACAAAGGUUCCAAAACUCUUCCAAGAGGUCUUGGUUCUGGCGGAGGAUUUCUGUCGAGCUCUAUGUCAGGCUCGCAGAGUUCCGGAGAAAACUGCGACGUAUACGGUUUAUACGGCGAACUAAUGUACGUAAAGGAUUACGAGAACGAGAACAGCUCCGGUAUCGACCCAAUUUACGAGUCAUUGAGAAGGAGCGAUCCAGAACUGGCAGCCAUACCAAAUAAAGUUAGUACAUUAGAUCGCAGACUGAAGAUGAAGAUCACAAGACCCAGAUCCUUGGAUCUGUCGAAUUGGUCCGUCGACUCUCAUGCCAGUUCUCUGUACACGUCGUCCGGGUCAGAAGAAAACAUUUCUCUGAAAACUGGCAAAUUGUCUCGCAACAGUAGUACCGCUAGUCGAAAUGGCCCGUACGAAACGACUACCCCUAAUAGUAGUAUAGUACAAUCGGUACCGGAAGCGGUACCAGCGCCUAAUAAUCUGAAGCCAAAUGGGAAAAAGAUCAACAAAACGUUGCAGCAGGUGGAACAACCUAAACGAACUGUUCUGACAUUAAUGGGUGGUCGUGGUUACAUCAAUUGGAGACAACUGAACGCACAGUCCGUCGCAGACAAAAGUUCCAAAUCGGGCUACACUUUCAAAGAUCCCAACAGCAACGAUGCUCACAUCGUGCUUUGGGAAAUGAAAUUAUGAUACUCAGUUACGUUAGGUCUACCGUUACGCCUACUAUCGUCAGUAUGGAUAGAAACGUUAAAUGCUUUCAGGCCGAUUACGAUUAUGAGCUCGUAGUAUCGGUAUAUAGGACCAAAAAAAAGAACUGUUGUCGAACUGAUAUUCGUUUAAGUAAUAAGGAUAUUUGUUAAUUAAUUCACGCGGUUUUAAGUUAAUUACACAGGCGGGUGAACCGUAAUGUGGAGACGAAGUUCACCGAGUCGAAUGUCCUUUACUCUGUCGGCAGUGCAAAGAUCUAGUUUUCACGUAGCUCUCUAAAUAAGUAAGAAUCUUUUGUAUUUUAUAACAACGCUUUGUAGUGUCGUUCUCAGGAGCGUAUUCGAUUACGUCCCUGUAAUGACACGUUAAAGGUCUUAGGUUUCGUUGUUGAUUAGACUCCGUUCUCGUGUACACUCGUAUACAUCGUUCAGUCAUACCUCAGCCGUAUUUUCUUUUUCCAUUGUGCAAAUUAACGAAGAAUCUCUUGUGUAUCCAUGAUUAUAAAUAUUUACGAAAAAAGUUAAUAAAUGUAUCGAUUUUAAGAAAUAUGCGAGUGUAUGCGUUAUUAAAAAAAAGAUGAAGUUUUGAAGCUAUAUUUUAAUAAACAUUGUUAUUUCUUAGUAGUUACGUGCUACGAACUGCUUAAAACAGUGGUAUUCUUGUAAAUAUGAUCUGGAAUUUUGUUCAGCGUAAUCAAAAUUAUUUAUGAAUUCGUUUAAAAUAUUAUGUUCGAUAGCACAGAGUAAACGCAGUGAGUACCACUGAUUUAAAGUCAAGUUUCCGAGUUUUCGUAAUUCGGUGAUAAUCAGGUGAUACACGCGCAUGAAUUUGUGAGAUAGUAUGAAUAUGAAACGUUAUCUUUAUACGCAGGACGUUUCGCAUCGUUGGGAAAACGAUCAAAUUUUUAAGAGUUUCACGUUCUCAUUUCGAAUCUUGUUGAUGAAAAUUUAAAAAAAUCUCUUUUGUACAGGAGUAAGAUAAAGGCACAGAGUAGCGUCUGUGAUUUAUUCUUUUGAUGUAUUACUCAUUGGCGUAACUUAAUAAAUAGGGUGAGAUUUUCAACUUUAAAAGUAAAGUGAAAUCUUGAAAGUAUCGAAUGGAUUUGGCAAAAAUAGGAUACCACUCGGUUUUUAUUAAUAUGUGAUGGAAGGCUGUAAUAGUGAGAUGAAAGAUGACAGUAUCGAUUUACUUCCAAAACUACCCAACCAAACGCAUCCUAUUUUUGCCAAGCCGAAUCGAGGUGGGACUCCACGCGUAUGCCAAAGGACCGAAUCAAAUUUCAGCAGACUUGGCUCAAGUCUAGAAAAUCUGUUACGCCAGUGAUACUAGCGCACAAAGAAUCUCUGACAAUAUUAAGAAUUGUUUUUUAAUUUUUUUUCCCGCUGCAGAAAAAGGAAUGAAACAGUUCGAACUCUUGCGCAAGUGAAUUUAUAAAACACGUUUAGUUUUACGAUAAAAUCGGUAGUACAUUCGAUUGUUUAAUUUUGACAUUUUUUUUUGGAAAAUCUUAUUACAGUUAUACCGUGUAUUGGUAUAUCCAGUAUAUUUAAUAGCAUUUUUUGAGGGUGCGUCAAAUGUUUUAUAUUCUUUAUAAAAUGUUAGCACGUUAAAAAUUUAUGAUAUAUAUAUUUUACUGCCAAAUGCGAUAGAGAUUUCUGUCGAGAGGAAAAAGGAUCGGCAAAAGAAAGACCACGCUAUAUUUCAGCGGAAACCAUACUUGUGAUAGGUAGACAGAAAAAAAGAAUAUUAGCAAGGGGGAAAAUAAAUUUAUAUCAGUUACCCAGUGAGAAAAGUAUAUCGUAGUUUUUUCGCAAAUGUGCUGUUAAGUUGUUUUUUGCUAUCGGCAUGGACGAACGAAAGUCUGCGUGUACAUAUAUAUUUUCAGAGGAAAUUAAUUUUCUAUUAAAAUCCUGCAUAGAUUUAUAUUUUGUACACUACCUUUUUUUGUUUAGAUUUAUAUAAAUACAUAUACAUAAUGUAAUCUUAUUUUGUAUUUAUGCGAAUGAUACUAUACGUGGAAUUUGUUCAGCAAUACUUGUGUUACGCACACGUACACGCACACAUUUACGCAGCAUACGCGCACGUGUAUUUAUUACUUAAAAGGUCCGUAGCGUUGUAUCAUUGUUAAUAUGGAUUCGAAAAUUUUGUUACGUUAGAUUUCUUCGAAAAACCUCUUCGAUUUAAUCAUUUUUACUAUUUGUAUUGCUAUAUUGCUGAAUACUAUGAUUAUUUAAAAAAGAGCAAACAUGAGAUUCUUCACCCCACCUCUUCUUUGUUCUUUAUGUAUAAGUUUCAUUUAUGAUAGGUUGUAAAAAAUUUUCUACGCAUCGUUUUCAGAUAUAUAGUUUAUUCUUUGUACAAUAUUACGAUAUGUUUACAUUUUAUAAUAUGGCGCAUAAAUAAUUCAUUCGUAUAGUUCUACCAAUAUUUUGAACAUUUCUCGACAAGGAAAAUGAAUUUACAUGUCUUUAUUUUCACGUCAAUAUUUUUUGAGACACUACGAUAUGCAUGGAGUAAGUACGAUAUGUGUACUAUACAAUAUGAAACGUUUAACUAUUCAAUAAAUUACGCUCUGCUACUUCGGUUUAAAAUGCAUAAGUUCGGUAGAAUGAAAUUUCUAUGAUGCAUUCUCCUUCCUUUUAUAAUCUUUCAAGAUUUUCGACGGAUAUCUUAGUACGAUUUACAAAUUAAAGAAUUACAAUAGUUUAAACAGUUGUCUGGAAAGGAAAGUAUCUCUAUCGUGCCAUCCUUAAACUUGUAACUUUCGUAUCGAUAUAAUCUUGUAAAAAAGAAUAUGUUACAGAAGUUUAACUAAGCUUACAGUGUAUUUCAUUUAUCAAUGAUUUUCUUCGCACGAUAGAGAAUUCAUUUUUUAUCGGAGAUUUUAUACACAUAACGAACAACUAAUAUUUUUUACUCUGAUAUGGUGCUCUAUUAAUUCUACGUUAUGUCUAUGCUCAUUUAAUUACAAUCAUUCAAUCGGUUUGCUUACGAUAACAACGGUAAAAUAUUUAAGCAAUAAUCUAUUAUCUACAUUGACAUUCUACUACAGAAGUGUAGGCAUAUAACGAGUACUAUUUUCUUUACAUUUAAAAUUAUAGCUUAACUGGAAGAUUGGAAACUAUUCUGAUACAUGAUUUCAAAAUUUAUAAAUCAUAACUUAUCAUUGAGUUAUCAACGAGUAGAGUUAAUAUAUUCUAGACAUUUUUAGUGGCAUCGUAGUACUUUCUGUUUCGCUUGAAAAUAGUUAAGUAAAGCAUAGCAG